GUGGCGUUUAGUGGCGGCUAGGCUAGGCAAACCGAGACUCGCCGUUCGCGCGUUACGUUCGGUUCUUCAUUCGUGCUUCUUCGUUCUUUGAAUUUAUAGAGAAAGACAGAAAGAGAAGGAGAAAUUCAAUUUUUUUUUCUUCUUUUUUUCCCUUAAGGAAAAAAAAAAGAGAGAGAGAGAGAGAGAGAGAGAGAGAGUGUGUCUGAAGCAAACCCUUGAAAUAUAUAGUGCCUUUUAUAACAAGUGUCGUAUCGGACAGUUAAAGUGAAGUAACAGAGACAGAAAGUAAGAGAAAAAGACAGGCAGAUAGACAUAUAUAAAGAGAGAGAGAGAGAGAGAGAGAGAGAGAGAGAGAAAGAGUAAGAGAGAUAGAGAAAGAUUGUGUUCGUUCCCUUGGACUCUGCGCGUGCACUCGCAUAUCGAGAUAAAGUGUUAAAGCUUGACGUAACGUAAGUAAGUGCGUAAAUAAGUGCGUGAAUUCGUGAGUUAGUGCGUGCGUAUAAAAGUAUUAAAGUGUGCAUUAGGAAUGCAACCUGGUGGAUCUAACGCGCGAAUUAUUGUUGGACAAAAAUUUUUUCUAACUUUCUAAAACUUCUAUUAAAACUCUUUCGAACGUUGUAUGGUUUAAUUUGUACGUAGAAGAAAAAGAACGUACAAAGGAAAAAAAAAAGAAGGAGAAAAAAUAGAAAGAAAAGAAGAAAUAAAGAAGAAAAAGAAAAAGAAGAAGAAGAAGAAGAAGAAGAAAAGUUGAAGGAAGAGAAGAAAGGGGUGUGUAUAUAUAUAUAUAUAUAUGUAUAUGUAUAUAUAUGGUGAAUGUGUAACUUUGUAGUUUUCGUGCGAGAAAGGUGUAGUUUGUUUGUAUAAAUCGUGAAACGUAUUUCGAACUCUUUCAAGUUGAAUUAUUAUUGAAAAAGAAAUAGAUAGAUAGAUAGAUGGAUGGAUAGAUAAAUAGAUAUAUUGAAGAUAAAUUUCAAGGGGGAAGAAAGAGAUAAAAAAAGAAAAGAAAAGAAAAGAAAAGAAAAGAAAACAAGUGGACUCCUCGACUGUUCGUGUGAAGUGCGAUAAAAAGUAGACGAAAAGUGUUCGUAAUUUUAUAUUACUUUCAUUAUUAUUAUUAUUAUUGACGAUAGUAUUAGUCUAUCGUUUAUUGUUAUUGUUGCCGUUUAUUCUUUUUUUUUUUUUUUUCUUUUUUUUCUUUUUUUCCUUUUCUUUCCUUCUUUUCGUUUUCAAUUAACUUCUCGAUUCAUCGACGACGGAAGAACAAAAUGUUGGAAGAUUAAGCGUCUGAUCCUAGGAAGAAGAUCAUUAAUUCGAAAGGAUUCGAGAAUAUUAUUCGGUAUUAUAAAUCGCAUUGGAGAAAAAAAAUAUUUGCCGUUCCUUUGGAGUGGCAAAGAUAAGGAAAGAAAAGGGACGUAAGGUGGGGAAAUAUCGAGGAGGGUGGUUUUGGAUGAUAGAAGGCGCGGGGGUGGCUAAAGAGGCCCCGCCGCAGCGUACGGGUCCCGAUGCCGGUCCCCGUAUCGCAAACCCUCACGCUAACCUCCACCCUAGUACCCAAGGAGGAGUCAAACAUGCCCUUCAUAGACGACGAAUUACUUUGGUGCCCUGACAAUGAUGGAAAGAUGGUCGACUUAACUCAAUGCCUUCAGGAAAGUAGUACUGGUCAAUCGGUCGAGUUUUCUGCAAUGGAGUUAAGCGCGUUAGUUGGUACACCAGCUGCACCUAACGUACCGACGGAAGAAGGCGAAGGUAUGUCCAAUGUUACCGGGGAAGAACCCUUCGAUACGUUAGAUACAUUUCUUCGAGAAUUGCAAGCGGAUUUGGCCGAGGCCAGUCAACCAAGUUCUACCACGACACCUCUUACGAAUUCCUGUAGGCGGCAAAGGUACAACAUCGCUGCGGCGAAUCCUUUAUUAGCGGAAAAAUUAGCCGCACCAUCGUCCCAAGCAUCUCCAACGACUAUCCCUUAUGCAACGAGGGCGGAGAUAAAGACGGAAAAUAUUCAACACGAAACGAGCAAAGAGGAAGGGAGGGAGGAAGGAAGGAAGGAAGGAAGGCUUUAAAAGUCGCGGACGACUACCGCCUCGUGUAAUCUUUUAUCCUUGGACCCAUCCACUAACACACAUUCGUGGCAUACAUACGAAUACAUACAUACACAUACACACACACCACAGACACACAAAACAUACAUAUAUUCAAACGAUUUCGCAAGAAGAAUCGAGACUCUCUACGAGAGGUCGGGAAUUUCCUUAUACACGCGACUUACCGUCUACAUAACCAACGCACC